UGUCAAGAUAUCAUUGUUAUGUUAACACACACACACAAAAAAAAAACAUAAAAAGAGAAUUUAAAUGACAGUUAUGGAAAAAAAGCCUUACGUAAUCAAAAUUUCUCUGAUUGAGUCUGACUAAAAUAUAAGAAAUGCUGCAUAUCAGGGAAAUAUAGCAAAACUGUUUUUCUACAUGGAAGUAUUGCUUUCGCAAUUAUCAUUUGAACUUACACCGGAAGUCUUCACGCUCAUUUUCAUAUUUAACCGCUACUCCGCCUAAUUUAUUCUCUUUCAUUCUGUGAUCACAACGAAAAGAGAAAUAGAUGUUAGGUUGGAACAACGUUUAACAAAACAGACCGAUCUCUGGAUACCCCGACAGUAGAAAUUGCAAGAACGUCUCGGCUUCAAUACUGGAGAGAGGCUGUAUUAACUAGUGCUGAUAAACAUUGUUUUGGGGAACUGUGAGGCUGGCAAAGAAGCUACAUCCAAGAAAAUGGAAUACAAUUCUAAAACGUUCAUUAAAAGUAUCUUAGUGAUCGUUGUUUUGGGAAUUCUACUAUCAUGUGCCUCAGACCCACGGCAAGGUUAUCAUCCUAACUCUUACCCCAACCGGUACUCUGACCCUAACAUAACCUUAAACCUAAUCCUAAACCCUGCUCUAAACCUUCAACCUAACCCGAACCCGAACCCUAACCGCCGACGCCAACGCUCACGUGGACAUCGACGACGACGGCGACGGCGAGGACGUUCAAGCUUAAGCUCAGGCCGAAGCUCAGGCCGAAGCUCAGGCCGAAGCUCAGGGCGAGACUCAGGCCAAAGCUCAGACUCGGACUCAGAAUCACCAGCCAAAGUAACAGCCACAACCACAACAAAAGUAUUCUCAACAAUUUCAAUAUCAGCGACUCCAUUGUCAUUAGCUGGAGCAUUGACUUCCUCAGCAGCAUUAUCAGCAUUAGAAUCAAUAUCACCAGUGAGAACAUCGUCAAUAACAUUGAUGCCAGUUUCAUCGUCACCAUUAUCAUCAACAACGAAAACAACAGCAACAGCAUUGACGUCAUCAUUGGCCAUGACAUCAUCUCCGUCACAAUCAUCAGCAUCACCAUUUACGUCAUCGGCAGCAUUAUCAUCAUUAACAUCAACCCAACGGAGAUUAAUAACAGGAACAGCGACACUACAACCAUCGGCAGCAGUAUCAAUACCCUCGUCAUCUCUAACAGCAUCAAAGAACAGCAGCAUUGAAUUUAAGUCUCUGUCUAGCGCAGAAGAAUUGGUGAUGAAGUUGAACACAAUUGAUUUCCAGCGAGAGACUUCGUUACAGGAAGCUGUCGAUUUGUUACAGAAAGCCAUCGAACAGUUUGGAAAUGAAUCUUUCCAAGAAAGACGUAAUGGAAUUUUUUUCAAAGCAGCCAUUGCUUUGGAAAACUUUGUCGUCAAAUACGGUCACCAUCACCUCAAUGAAUCAACCCCUAUGCUUAACAAAGUAUACAGCAUACUUGAUCUGCGUAUUCAGAAAGUUUUCAGUCGAAAUGCGAGCGAUUUCCAUCUCAAGGGAUCAGAAAAACAAAAUUUUAUCAGCAUUCCCUCCGAUAAUUUCCAUAAUGGUUUGUAAAAAUAUCUUCCUGGGAGAUAACUCUUAGCAGAACGCGACAAUCAGUUAAAUUGUAAUAGGUUCCCUCCUUCCCCGUUCACCACGCUUGCACAAAGCCAUCAAGAGAGUCACUUGUCUUCUGGAUGGUAUGUAAGUCCAGAGUAGGUUAACCAUCCCUAUUUUCAUCUGACUACUAUGGCAAUUUCCUUGGGCAAAUUCGUUCACGUAUACUUGACUGAAUAAAUUCCCGCUGGGGAGAGAUCAACCCUUAUUUUAUGGCACCCGCAAGUAGGUUAGAUGAACCAAGUCCUCCCCUGUGAUUGGCUACCCGUUCAGGCAAUAUUGAGCUACCUUGUCUGCAGGGUGCAAAUAUUGGUGCCCUCCUUGCCGCAUAGUACAUCUUUUGUUGACCAAGCUUGACCAGCUAGAUAUUGGAAUAUUCUUAAUCUGCGUAUUUUUAUGGGUAAAAGAAGAAACAAAAGGAACUUUGCAAAUAUCCAGCCGAUUUGAUCAGGACCUCACGCUUGUUCAAUAAGCCAUAAGAGUUAUCACUAUACCAUCUAUAAGC